AUGACGACCGCCGCGCCUGCGUGGAGGAUGAAUUUCUACCCUUUGUGGCCCGAGCUGAGAGAAAUGAUGGCAGAGAAGUACGCAGAAGCUGGCGUGGGGAAGGACAUAUUCUACUAUGUCAUUUGCAUGUUCCCUGGAAAGGAAAACCUGGCCAUGCGCAAGGCGUCAGAGCGGCGGAGCAAUUACAACGGCGACAUCAAGACUUACGGGCGCGGCCCGGGCGGGUGCGUCCCGGAGAGUAAAUCGAAGGAGUUGGCGGACGAAGGAGUGGCGCCGCAGUGCAGCAGAUCCCCUUCGGAGUGGACCCUGUUCUACCUUCAUGCACGCUUUGGUUCCAACUGGCACUUCAACGCUGCAACGUGUAGGCCGUUUGCCAACCGGGCAUUCGAACUCGUCCUGCUGCGCGGUUUUGGGAGCAAGAAGGCGACAACGAUCAUGGUGAAGUUCCCUGCAGUUGGCUACGCCUUGAAUGUGGUGGAAUGGCCUCUGGCAAAUGCGGGAGGGCGAGUAAACCCUGCACUCGACGGUUCCGAGACCGUGGACCAGCAGAAUGUCGAGGUGAAGAUCGGGCACCUGGUCACCUGGAUUAGGGAGACAUACGAGAACGAAGACACCGCGAUCUGGGACCCGGUUGCUCCUGCUGGCUUCAGGAUGUCCCCCAACGUGAAGCUAUUGAUUGAGGGUUAUGAGUCUCAGGUGUUCCCUGCAGGAUUACCCUAG